AUGUCACAGUUUUAGUUGGAAAUGCUUUUCUUAUUUAUUUUGGGCUACUCUUUCUAUUUAUUAAUUAUGUUCUGUCUGUACUGUCACGAGUAUACAAUAUGAGCACAAUUUCCAAAACGUAAAAUAUAUCCUUUUGAAUAUUUUUACACAUUACUAUAUAUAUUACUAUAAAGCUAUAGAUAUAGGUUAAAAACAAAAUGGUGAUCUCGUAACAAAGAAAAUUCUUGGGGACCCACAAAAACUUGGAUACCAAGACCAAAACCAGUUCUAAAAUAAACUCAAAUCAACAUGACUGGUAUAAAAGCCGGUGACUCAUACUUUUAGAUUAAUGACUAACUAACCUAUGCUACUUUGACCGAGCCGCGGCUCGUAUCGGCCUUGAAAACUUCGAACAACCAAGAAACAAAGACUUUAUAAUUAUGUUGUGAUUUAAAACCUAAUGUAUUACUAAUGGUCAAAUAUCAGAACAUCAAUGAAUUCAAAGUUCUAAAUCGGUAUACAUUAUUUUUGCCUCCUAAAGUAAGAUUUACAAUGCCGCAUUGCCGCCAGCGAUCGAUCCAAUCCACUCUUUUACUGGAAAAUGCAUCUAGUUCCGAUAAUAUAAGAAUAUGAUUUCUCAUACCUGGGUGUAUAGUUGUUUUAAGAAUACAUAAAGUCGUAAGUCACAAAACUGUUCUGAUUGCAAAUAUUGUGAUGUUAGACCGACUUAAAAACGUUCAAUAACUGGCAAAAAAGAAAGAUCAUUUAUUUUAAAACUAUGUACCUAACAAUAAAAGGUCGUUAACCUAUCUCAAGCUUCCAUUGAUGGCUGAAUGUGUUUUGAACAACGAAUAGCAUUGCUUUAUCGGUCUACCCUUACGUGUACCUCUAAACAUUAAAAUAGUUGGACCGGUGGGUGGUUCAGCUGGACCCGGCAAUCAGAUGUGAUGCUACGUAAUGUCGAGAAGAAAAUACUGUCAUGUUUGAAGACAGCUUACAAAAGGUUCUACGUGGACAUAGGCAGCGUGGUCGGACAGAGCGACAAGAUAUGGACGAUAUCACUGAACGACGAGUCCCCAAAGACUCCGCUGGUGCUGUUACACGGCAUGGGGGCUGGGCUCGCCCUCUGGUGUCCCAACCUCGACGCGUUCGCGGCCACACGGCCCGUGUACGCGAUUGAUUUGUUAGGUUUCGGCCGCAGUUCCCGCCCCAAGUUCGCGUCUGACGCGAUGAAGGCGGAAGCGCAGUGGGUGGAGUCUGUGGAGGAGUGGCGCCGCGAGGUCAACCUCGGACAGUUCAUACUGCUGGGACACAGUCUCGGCGGGUACAUCGCCACUGCAUACGCUAUCAAGUACCCCGAGAGGGUCCGCCACCUAGUCUUAGCCGACCCGUGGGGCUUCACCGAGCGGCCAACCAACGCCUACGAGAAGGCGCAGCUGCCGCUGUGGGUCCGCGCCGUGGCCACGGCCGUGCAGCCGCUGAACCCGCUGUGGGCGGUCCGCGCCGCCGGGCCCGCCGGCCGCUGGCUCGUCAGCAAGACGCGCCCCGACAUCUCCCGCAAGUACAACGGAUACGUGCCCGACGCGGACACUGUUAUACCCGAGUAUAUAUAUCAGUGUAACUCGCAGACGCCCAGUGGAGAAAGUGCUUUCCACACUCUGAUGACUGGUUUCGGCUGGGCCAAGAACCCGAUGAUGCGUCGUCUGGACCAGCUGGACCCGGCGCUGCCCAUCACCGUGCUGUACGGCUCCCGGUCCUGGGUGGACAACAGCAGCGGUCAAGUCAUACUCGAACAUCGCGGACAUACUAACACUUAUGUACAGGUUAUCAACGGUGCAGGCCACCACGUGUACCUAGACAAGCCCGACUUAUUCAACAGGUUUGUAUUGGAAGCGUGCGCCCGCGCAGACAUGCGGGACCCACGCGACGCUCGGGCCAUCCUCCCGGCCCCGCCCGCCGCACAGGCCCAGCCCACCCCGCAGGCCCCGCCCCCCGAACAAGCCGCCAUAGAGCAAGCCCCGCCCUCCGAGCCCGCCCCGGCCACGCAGUCCACGCCUCCCUCCUGAUGAUACACCCCUUAGUUAUUGCUACUAUUGUUACGCACAUUUGGUUACGUAUAGCUCUUAGUUCGGCGUUCAUUUGUAGUGUUCAUGAAAUAACAUUAACUUUGGUACCAAAGGACACUAUAACAAUUAUUGGUGAAAAGAUCUCAGAUUUAAAGUAUAUCGUAUCGCUUUAAGGGCAUAUAGUACUGUUGCUCGUAUAAGGGAAAACGCUGUGCUGCUUCCGAAAAGGUAAAAUAAUGUGUAUUGUUCUUUUAUUUAAUUGUAUUGAAAAAUGAUAUUUCAUGAACAUAUAACAAAGUUUUAUGUUCUGUUUUAAGAGAUCUAUUUGAUGACUGGUUUUAGUAUGGAGUAGUAAUAGAUUAGUAAUAUUUACAAUAUUUUAAACUCGACCUAACAAGUCUGUUUUCCAAGCAAAUCUGCUUGGAAAACAGACUUGUCAAAAUGUCACUAAGCCGUUGUUGACUGUCAUACGUGAUCUUUGACAGUCGUUAUUACAUUUCUGACGACCAGUCUGGAAUGGCUUAUUAAUUCGUUGUGUAAUUCAAAUGGCCAAUUUGAGAUCAAUGUCUGAUCAAUUUUUGGCUGAAUCAUGUCUGCGAGACAAAAACGUUUCAAAAUUUAACAUUUAUUGAUAAUUGUAUUACUAUAGCUAUCUACUACUCCUUGCUAAAACAAGAAACUGUAUUGUUCUAGGAAAGUAUUUAGUCGAUUUUUGUAUAAUCGACUAAAAUGGCUUGUCACUUUGCUGGCACAAAGAUUCGCAAACGGCUUAUUAAUUUACGAAGAAAAGUAUUAUAUUAAUUGAAUCUUAAAGACCCUAUCCCGAAUACUGAAAAGCUAGUUUAUUUUAAAGUCGAUUUUAAAUGUGUCAUUGCUACUUUGAACCUUCAAGUGACAAAGGCAGCACGAGACUUGUCGUUUCAGUAUUCGGUUACGAAUCUACUUAGCCUACACAAGUUGACGAAAGUCUCCGAUAUCUGAUAUCGCUUAUUAGCUACGAAACUCAAUGGUACAGCCUCAUUGACAUCAUCCGUCCUAUUAUAGCCUUUUGGCAUAAAGUAAUUUACGUGACUUAAGAAAUUAAAACUACAGAACGUUACAAACACGUUUCUGUUUCUCGAGUCUUUAGCAAAAAAGCUUGAGAUAAGGUAAAUGUUUGAAUUCUUUCAUCAUAUCAUCGUAUUUUAGCAUGAGCUUUGUCAAUAGAUCUACGAAUUCCCAAAGCUGACACUUCAAUACAUCAGGUAUCGGGGACUCGCGUCGACACUUUACAAACGGCCAUAAAUACCUGCUUAACUUUAUAUAUUACAAUUUAAUACAAUAGGGUCCACGUUACAUCUUCAAAUGUUUUACGUACGUUAAAUGUAUAUGUUACGGGUACAAAUACUACGAUUUCGUUGAUGUUUGAUAGUGAAAUGUUUUAAUUAUGUUUUAAUACGUAUAUUUUGUUGUUGGUAACUGAUUUUUUUAAAUAUUUUUAAUACAGAUUAUUCACAGACCAAUAUAGCGUAAUUUUGUUGUUUGGACCGAAUAACAUUCCAAAUUCUAACUAAUCUGUGCCUCAAAUAGUUAAAUAUUAAAUCAUUUUUGAUGAUAUCUCUAAAUGCAAGCGAAAUAGAAUCGAUUUAAGAAAAAUAUUCAUCAUUUUCCUUGAUGUAUUACAAAAAUAAUUUUAUCACAGAUUUUAUAUGCUUUUGAUAUCAAAUACUGGAAGUUCACAAUAUUGUUUUUUUUUUGGUUUUUGACCCCUCUCAUCAUUCAUUGCCCUACUAACUUACAUAUGUACACCUAAAUUUAUAUUCUCUCUUUCAAAAUCAUCCUCAUUCGUACCAACAAUUGAAGUUUGUCACAAAAAAUCAUGCUAUUAUUUGCAACUGGGCUUUGAGAAUAAAAUUUACCCAAGCAAAAUUACGAUUGUAGAAAUAAAAUAUGCUUCAAGUCAAUCUAAAAUUCUAAAUCGCAUUGUUCUAAUGAGUUUGCGUCGCCUCUUCUCUUGAUCUUCAAAAAUUUGAUGCUAUGGCUUGUUGCGAGGUCGCUACAGAGUACCUGCGUUCCUAAGAUUACAAAUCACAAAUAUAUGAGAUUUUUACACCUUACUUUUAAAACCUGUGUUGCCGUUGUGGAAGCGAGACGUCGCUACAGUCUAGUUCGUUGUCUCCCUUCCACAAUUGCUGCGAUUCUGUAUUCAGAGCUCAUAGUAAACGAGCUACUUAAACGAAUUUUAAUUAUAAAAUUCAAUUCUAGCGAGACUAUUUUGAUCUCUAUCCGGUCAAAAUAGGGUCGCUUUUACUUCAAACGCCUUUACAAUUAUACUAUAACUGCCAAGUAUUAAGACCAAGCAAUAUAUUUUUAAGUCACAUUUUAAGAACUGUUUGACAGCUUUUCGUUUUAAAAUGCUGUAUUGAAAUAGUCUUCCUGUAAGGAAAGAAUGGACUUGGACGUUGAUGGGGACAAAAGAAAAUGAACUUAAUGUUAACGGGUUAAGGUGUAAAGCAGUAGGUUUAUUCCUGACAGAAUCGAGUUUUGUUUUGAAAUCUAACAGCUAACGACGAACACUCGAUAGUAACAUUUCAAAAUCAAAACUGAAACAGUUUUGGGAGUAAGUCAGCUGAUUGUCCAAGACUAGGAUACAAUGCUUGAAACAGCGUACACUCGCACUAAUUGAAUGAAUAAUAAUUUAAAAAAAAUAAGCUUCGGUCAUGCUUUGCUUGAAAUAAAACAAUUAGAUAUUGUUCAAAAGAAAUGCAAAGCUAUUGAGAAGCAUAUAAUAUAUUUUUACGAAUUCUUUAAGUGCGUUUUGUACGCUACCAGAGUCGACAACACGUCUCUCGUAACGACAUCUAAAAUAACCCUUAUUGCUAAGGGAAUAAAGAGUGUUUUUGUAAUGACGUGAUUUGUCGACUAUUUUGAUCCCCAAGAAUAGAUCUCGGUAAAGGAUUGCUGUAUAAGUCUUAAAACCAUUAUUGUGUACUGACAAGAGUAGUGCAAAUAAUUCAUAAUUAAUACCUGGCUGUAUAAAGGCCACGGGCAAAGAUUUGUCCCCCACGAUUUAUGGGCAGUAAUGGUUUUGUGACUUUAUAAGCGCGAUGGCGUUAUGAAUAUUUUAUUAUGGAGAACACGGUUUUUAUAAGAUAUUUUGCCGUAACGAGCACAGCGGUGUUAUUUAUCUAUGUACGUAGUAAAGCGAGUUCGUUGAGUAUUGUUGUUUGGCCACUGGCUUUUUGAUACACGGAAUGAAAUAUUGUGUAAAUAAAGAUAAUUUAUUGAAA